AACUGAAAAAAAAAAUAAAAAAAUAAAUAUAAAGAAAUAAAAACGUUCACGUGACUGAAAUUGAAAAUCUCAAAAAGUGAACGAAAAUCGAAAAGAAGCGAUUUUUGAUGGUAUUUUGAGAUUUUUCUUUGGGGAAAACAGCAAAAUGAACAAAGCAACAGCCAUAAAAACCUUUGUGAGAUACAACUCAAGUUUACAGCCCAAGUUUCGAAGUUUUGUCAAACAACAAAAUGAAAAGGAUUUUUUGAGCAAAAAUGAAGUCCAAUAUUCGGAUUUGCCCUCGAGUUGCAGCAGAUUUGAAAGAAAGAAGAAAGACUUGGGUGCUUAUUUUAUCAGAAGAACCAAUUUUGGAUAUUUGCCUGUUUACAAAAAAUACAAGCGAGGAGCUGUGAUGACAGAGAUUGCCAAAAUUUCUGGGGAUUCAUUGUUGUUGAAACAAGAUAUAAUACACAAUAUUCCCAGCAUCAAGCAAAAGGAUAUAGUUAUAAGACCAGACAGCAACAAAAUUAUUAUUAGAGGUUUUUAUGUUGACGAGCUCAAUGAAUUGCUAUCCAAAUAUUUUUAGGUGGUUUCUUGACAAAAUGGUUUGCACUACUAAGUGUAAUUCAAAAUGUACAUAUAUAUAUACUCUGAAUUGACAAAAUUUAAUAUUGUUUUCUGAUUGUAUUUGUUUCUUUUUUGAUUUGUUAUUUGGAUGUUUUUGAUAAAAACAAAAAACUAUUUAUUUAUUUAACAAGAAGUUCAAAAUGAAAAGGAG